AUGAUGGCAGGCCUAACUAUGGGUCUUUUGUCAUUAGACAUGCUCAAUGUGCGUAUUCUCGAGAUGGAGGGUUCAGACGACGAGAAGAAAUACGCCAAGCAAGUGUUGCCUGUAUUGACUAAACAUCAUCUUCUCCUCGUAACAUUGCUGGUUGUCAAUGCAAGUGCAAACGAAGCACUGCCAAUUUUUCUCAAUAAAUUGGUACCUGAAGCCGUGUCCAUCGUACUGUCCGUAACCUGCGUCCUACUUUUUGGCGAGAUCAUCCCUUCAGCAGUAUUUACUGGUCCCAAUCAGCUCCGAAUUGCUGCAAUACUUUGUCCGUUUGUAAAAGUCUUGAUGGCAAUUACAUUCCCAAUUGCGUAUCCGAUUAGUCGUGUGCUCGACAUGUGGCUUGGAGACGACCACGAUCCAGCUCAAUACAAGCGCAAAGAGAUUAAGGCUCUGGUGACGUUGCAGCGUGAAAAUGAUGCGGCGCGACGAUCGUUUGCUGAUCACUUGCGGCAAUCGCAGCGGCUUCACGACACUCCUACGCACUCUCAAGCGAUGACGACAAUGUCGGCGAUUAGUGACAGGCAGCCACUGCUAACCCCACACUCGCUGUACGAGGACUCGGCACAAGGCACACGUCUACAUGUAGAUGAAGUGACAAUAAUACAUGGUGCACUCGAUCUUGCUGCAAAGACUGUCACGGAGGUGAUGAUCCCUAUGAAAGAUGUGUACAUGCUCGAACUCGACACAGAGCUGUGUCCAGACAUGCUAGCAAGAAUAUUGGCGCACGGACACAGUCGAAUCCCCGUGUACGAAAGGCACAAGUCAAAUAUUGUUGGUUUGCUGCUUGUAAAAAAGCUUAUUGUGCUGGAUCCAGAUGAUCGUCGCCCAAUUAGAGACUUAAUGCUGCGAAAACCAAUUCUGGUGAGCCCGAAGGAAUCGUGCUACUCGAUACUUAAUGAGUUUCAAAAGGGCCACUCGCACAUUGCGCUGGUGACGGAGGAUGUUAACAAGGUGUUGAGGUGUUGGCGUUCGCAAGACGAAAUUCCUGAAACUGUUUUAUUUGAUGGCAUCGUGACCAUCGAAGACGUGAUUGAGGAACUCAUCCAGGAAGAAAUCGAAGACGAAAGCGAUUUGUACGUUCAUGACAUCGUAGAUUACUGGCAAACUCGCUACCGAGAAGUCAGAAAGGGUUCAGGAUCGGCAUUUGUGAAAAAGCGCCUCCGUUUAUUAGCGGAUCGUGCACGACGUCGCGUGAAAAGCCGUCGUUUGAAGCAAGCUGUUGGACCUUCAAGUGGUAGAACCAGUAGGUCUUCAAGUAUCCCCCAGCCGGAUCCUAUGGUAGAGGUGAAAAUUAUAUCCGAGAAAACUCCGCUGUUAUGA